CUAAAGACUUUGUAGUUGGUUACAAUUACAAGUUACUCUUUUGAAAAUGUCAUAGUAGUGUAACUUUUAAUUACUUUCUCACAGUAAUACAACUUUGAAUACAUUUAAAUUACUUUUAUUAAUUUGGAAUAAAUGCAUCACCAGGACCUUUAAAUGUUUCAUUGGGGGAAAAAAUAGUGGUUUAAAACCAUCGAUUAUUAUUGUGGAAUUAACCACAGAUUUGUUCUUUACACAAACACAAAGCAUGAUGAAAUGUAAAUAUAGUUAAAAAAAAAUGUUUGUUGCAUACCAUGUUGACCUAAGGACAAAUGUGUUCAAUUUGGACAAUAUCACAUCAUAUGACAACCCAGAUAAGGGAAUGUUCCAUUAAAAAAAGUGUAACUAUGAGUCUAACCUUUUCAAAAUCAAAGAUAAACCGAUAGAUUGCACCUCAAGGUGGUGCUUUCAGGUCAUAUUUGGAAAGAUAUGUCAUGUUUGAGACUAUAGGAGAAUGGCACAUGACCAGAGAGAGCCAAUCACAAGCGACGGCAUUAGGAGGAGGACGUGAAAUGAAAAAAAGUUCUAGCUUUGACGGCUAUUUUUUUUAAUGUAAUUAAAACCGUAAUCACUACAAUUUCCAAAAGCAACUAUAAUUUAAUCACAUUUUAUACCAGUAAUGUGAUUGAAUACAGUAACUUAAAUUUUUUAAUUAAAUUACGAGGCUAUGGACCUAUACUAACGAGUCUGUAUACUGUACUGUGGUCCUACACUAUUGGAUGGGCCAAUACAAUAUAACGUUCCUUCAUCAUCGUAUGGGAUUAUACUACAUUAUGCGCUCUUGCACUGUAUUAUGGGCCCGGUGCAAUUUGUACAGUUUAAUAUGAUACUGGUACUACGGUUUCCUGUCGGGCGUGGUGGCUUUAUUCUCAAGAGGAAACACCCUCAUGAUGAGUUCCGUCAGGAAAGGUUGUGAAACUUUUUGCUGAAGUCUUAUUUCCAUGUCAGCUUCUUGUUUUCGGGCCUUUGUUGAGUUUGAGUUAUCUGGAACGCAACUUGAUCGGGAACACUUGCACGUUCUCUCACACGGCCCAGAUUGCUGCACUUUUCUUUGGUUAGUUGUGACAAACUGACAGGAAGUGUGCGUUUUUGUGACAAGGCCAAAGUGACACUGUCACAUCCACGAGUUGCUUUAUAAGGAAUGAGCGGUCACGUCCUCACCGUCUUAUCUCGUACUUUACUGUUGACGCGCACUUGUACGACUUACAUAUUGCUUGCACGGUCUGGGAUGACGACUGCCAAUAUGAGUGACCUCCACGAGGAAGGCAAGAAUGCCAUCAACGCUCCCAUGCUCCCGUCCGGGACGGAUGUUCAUCCCGAGGACACUCUGCUGGAGGAGAACGCCGAGAGGAUAAUGCUGGACCCGACAUCGCGGGAAAACACAAAGUUUAAAGAUCUGCUGAAGGUGCUAAUUGACUGGAUCAACAGUGAGUUGGAGGAGGACAGGAUCAUUGUGAAAGACUUGGAGGAGGACUGUUAUGAUGGGCAAGUGUUGCAGAAGCUGUUUGAAAAGCUGUCGGGUCGGAAGCUGAACGUGGCCGAAGUGACCCAGUCGGAGAUCGGCCAGAAGCAGAAGCUGCAGACGGUUUUGGAGGCGGUCAACGAGCUGCUGCGUCCUCACGGGUGGUCCAUCGAGUGGAGCGUGGACUCCAUCCACUCCAAGAACCUGGUGGCCAUCGUGCACCUGCUGGUGUCUCUGGCCAUGCACUUCCAGGCGAGCGUCAGGCUGCCCGAGCACGUCUCGGUGAAAGUGGUGGUGGUCAAGAAGCGAGAGGGCAUCCUGCAGACUGCCCUUGUGAACAAGGAGCUGACCAGCACCACCGAGAUGAUGAUGGGAAGGUUCGAAAGAGAUGCUUUUGACACACUUCUGGAUCACGCACCAGACAAACUCAAUGUGGUCAAAACUUCCCUCAUCACCUUUGUGAACAAGCACUUGAACAAGUUGAACCUGGAAGUCACUGAGCUGGAAUCUCAGUUUGCAGAUGGUGUUUACUUAAUCCUCUUGAUGGGGCUGUUGGAGAACUACUUUGUGCCUCUGUACAACUUCUUCCUCACCCCUGAGAACUUUGACCAGAAGGUCCACAAUGUGGCAUUUGCCUUCGAGCUCAUGCAGGACGGCGGCCUGAAGAAGCCCAAGGCCAGACCAGAAGAUGUAGUCAACCUGAACCUCAAAUCAACCCUCAGAGUCCUCUACAACCUGUUCACCAAUUACAAGAACUCCGAGUGACAGCUCACAUCGCUGACACAAGCCUGCAACGCGUGCGUGUGUGUUUUUGAGGUGACAAACGGGGGCUCUUAAUUUGUUUUCAGAGACCAUUGGAAAUGCAAUAUUUUUUUUUUUAAUCAUCCCAUGUACCUUGAUAUUUAUUUAUUCCUGUUGAAUGUGUAGCCAUGACUGUGAACAUCAGCUUGAAAACAUGUUGAAUGUACGCGCAAGUGCUCACAUUCACUAAAACGCUGCAUAUAAUAUCUCGUGUUUUGUGCGAAUAUUAAAGGAAGUGUCUCAUGCUUUUUUCAAAAUUUAAAAAAAGGUUCCCAUGUGUCUUCAUAAAAGAAAUACACUAAGGAUGAAGAAUUAUAGACAUUCUUACAACACAUUUCAUGACAUUGCGUGAGCAGAUCGCCACACAACCAUCAUUUAUUUGGUUGUUUAAUUUCACACUUAACGGGUGGCCGGACGGGUACUUCGGAGAGCCAACUACAUACUUGUGUAAAAACAUUUUAAAGUCAGUUUCAAAUAAUAUGUCCCCCUAAAAUGAAGCGUUUCACUUCAAGAGCUUUGAUGUACUGAUAUCUCUGGUUAACAGGGCACGCUUUUAGCUUUGAAAAAUGUCUAGUGUACGUGGUGUCCAGCUAAAACAAACAAACAAACAAACAAACAAUAAUUCAUAUAAAGGUUACUAGCUACGUCAAAUUAGCUUCCGGUAGCGUCGAACAAGCUACGGUUUUAACCAAACUUGUUUUCGCCUCCUUAAAUGCAGCUAGCACCACUCUGCUAUGAAAUCUCCCCAAAAUGAGCAAGGUGUAAUUAUUAUGUAGUUGCUUUUGUUUCAUGGCAUGUAUCUAAAGGGUAAAGUUAAUGUUUUGACUCAGCAGAGCUAUAUAGUUACGGUGAUGCUAGCUAGCUCUUUAGGUUGUAGCCACAUUUAGAUGCACUUUUCUGAAUGUAUUGACAGAAUAUUUAAAUUUCCAAUGUAGACAGUCUCACAUACCGUCACAUAUUUAUGCUUACAUUCAUCAUUAUUAGCUCAGGUCCAUGUUUGGAGAGCUACAAAAGGCUGGAAGAUGAUAAUCACACACACACAUACAUAUAUAUAUUUUUUUAAAUAAUUGAAAUGUAUUGACAAUUUACUGUAUAUCAAAUGAAUAAAGAUCUGAUGAGUGGGGCUAAA